AUGAACGAUUUACAUUUCAAAUUGUCUAUAAAUAAUGACAGAAUUGAUUGUGAAGAUGAUAUUGGGAAUAUGCAAAAAUUUUUGGAAAAAAUAGAAGGAAAUAUUCUCAGAGAUCAAUUGGAAGACUCUAAAGACGAUCCCGAUAAAAAUAUAAUGGCAAAUGAAAUAUUCGCUACUGAAUUAAGUGAUCCUCCAUAUGAAAAGCCAGAUGAUAUUAGAGGCACAAAAAAACCAUAUAUUAUCAAGAAAAUUUAUAAAAUGAAUGAAGUUGCUUUUGAUGGACAGCGAGUUAUGGUUUUUGAGUGGACAGAGUUUGGUGCUCUUAAUGAAAACGAAUCUUACAUUUUUUGGGAUGUUAUUAUGUAUGAAAAUAUGGAAGCAGAUCAAAUAAAAGAAUUUGUAAUGCACGAUGGAAGAGAAAGGAUUUGUUGGGGAGCGGAAACUCCUUCAAAUCAAAAAAUUCAAAAAGGUCUUGAAAAUAUUAUUAAAGCCGAAACCAAUGUUACUGCUAAUAAUAAUUUUUUCAACUGCAUUCAAUUCACUAAGUCCAAAAUUACUGUUGGCAUUAAUAAUAAAUCAAAUGUUUGGAAUGAAUCAGAUAAUUCAAAGUCCUUUUCAGUGGAAGCAAAUGUAUAUUAUGGAACUUUAGCUAUUUCACAUGCUAGAUUUGAAAAUAUAAUUAAAUUACUUAUAAAUAAAAAAGGAGAAUUUGACAAAGUGUUAGAAUUACAAUCUACAUAUAUUAUGGAACAAGAUUUCCAAGAAGGCUCCUUUACACCAUGUAUUUUAUUCUGGCAUAAAAUAUUUUUUUCAUCAGAAGUAAUUGCAAAGGCUACUGAAUGUUCAGAAAUUUUUCACAGCUUCAGCAUUUCUGCUAAUUUACAAGCAAAUGUAGAUCAAAAACAAAUGAUACAAAUGGAAACUUAG